AUGGGUUGUUGGAUAUUCAAGUUACUGCUGCCGACACUUGUGCUUGUGUUGUUGAUUCAUCAUGCUGAUUCAAGCUCUAUCAUCAGAUAUCUUCCUGGUUUUGAAGGCCCUCUUCCUUUUGAGCUUGAAACCGGGUACCUUGGUGUUGGUGAGGCAGAGCAAGAUCAAAUGUUCUACUACUUCAUCAAAUCUGAGAACAAUCCUGAAGAAGACCCUCUACUUCUUUGGUUAACUGGAGGACCUGGCUGCUCUUCUUUCUCUGCUCUUCUUUAUGAGAAUGGGCCUAUUACUUUCAAGGUUGAGGCCUACAAUGGAACCAUUCCCUCUUUGGUCUCUACUACAUAUUCAUGGACUAAGGUGGCAAAUAUAAUAUAUUUGGACGCUCCUGUUGGGGUUGGUUUCUCCUACACAAAAAAUCCAUUUCCUGAUAUACCAAGUGACACAGGAGAAGCUAAGCUGGUCGAUGAGUUUGUUCGUAAGUGGCUAGACAAGCAUCCUGAGUAUUUCUCAAAUCCUUUCUAUGUCACCGGAACCUCUUAUUCCGGUAAGGUGCUUCCCGCCAUCGUUCAAGAAAUAUCAAAUGGAAAUUGUAUAUGCUGUAAACCUCAAAUAAACCUUCAGGGAUAUGUGAUCGGAAACCCGGUAACAGACUUAGAUUUUGAUAAAAACGCUCGCAUUCCAUUUGCUCACGGAAUGGCACUCAUCUCUGAUGAACUAUAUGAGUCGUUGACGAGAAACUGUGGAGGAAAUUAUUUUGAUGCGGAUCCUCUUAACACAGAAUGCGUAAAAGAAGUUGAAGAAUUCAAUAAGUGUAUAUCUAGAAUAUAUCCCGCAUUUAUUCCGUUAUCAAAAUGUGACGAAACAUCUCCUGAUUGCUAUACAAAUCAGUUGUUGCUCUCCGAAUACUGGGCUAAUAACGAGACCGUACGCAGAGCACUCAAAGUGGUCGAGGGGACUAGAGAGAAAUGGCAACGAUGUGAUAGGGAUCUUCUGUAUAAUCAAGACAUAAAAACCACCAUACCAUACCAUAUGAAUAACAGCAUCAAAGGCAUUCAAUUUCUCAUCUUCUGUGGUGAUCAGGAUAUGCAAAUCCCUUUCAUAUCACCUCGAGCGUGGAUAAAGUCUCUAAACUUUUCCGUUACUGAGAAAUGGAGGCCAUGGAUGAUACAAGAUAAAGUCGCUGGGCACACCACGACUUAUGCAAAUAAGAUGACAUUUGCCACUGUGAAAGGAGGCGGGCACACGUUAGCGCAUAAACCAGAGGAGAGCUCAAUCUUGUUCAAGAGCCGGAAGUUGCUUCGCCCCUCGUCGACCCGUUUUCCCGACGAGAUCUAUCUUUUGCUUCAACUUGUCACCGGCUGCAAAGCUUACGUUUCCUCCUUCUCCGUUUGUUUUUGCCGGCGAGUUUCUAACGACCUCCUUCUCUCUCUCCGGAGGACUGAACUGAUGAUUACUGUGGCGCCUUUGAGGACGGGCGUCCAGAUCCGUCUUUCCUCUCCACCGGAGCCGCCUGAUCGAGCACCGUCUAGCUCUCGCCGUCAUCAUCUUCUCGUUCUAGUGCAGCCGAGACCUCUCCAUCCCUUAGAGCCGCCGGAUCCACCAGAUCCACCGGAUCUCCGAGCUCCGACUCCUUUACCGUGUUCCGUUUCUCCGCCAACCCCUCAAGCUCACUCUAACCCUCCGACUCCGUCUACGAUCCCAGAUCCAGCUCUUCGCUUGAUGAGAUCUGCAUCUGCCGUACUAACCCGGCUAGAUCCGCCGCCGCGUCUCACCCUUGUGGUAAGGCUCGCCGGAUUCUACUCCAUUGAGUUGUCUCUCUUCCCUUCCCACCGUCCUCAGCCUUCUCCGACAAAAUCUCUUCCUCAGCCGCGGCUUUCAUCUGCUACACCGCCGUCUGAGAGAUCCUGCCGAGAAACUACAACUUUUGUCUUUGUCGACCAGGUUUGCAAUUCCGACGAAAGCUCUUUCAUUUCUCCGAUACUCUACGUCGGCGACUUUCUCUCACACAACAAAGUUUCAUCUAUGUCAUGGGCUUUGCCCUCUAAGCAUUUUCAGGGGCUUGGCCCAAUUAUUGUUGUGACUGAGUAUGUCCCAUUUAUGGUUCAUAUGUCUCAUCUACGGAAUCAACAGCCGGAUUAUCAUCAUCGGUUUUCACCGACUGUAGUUCUGGAGUACUGCCAACUUACCGGCGUAUCUCCCAACUUACAGUUACGAUUAUGA